GAAACCGAGCCAAAUCGGGCCGGACCGAACCGAUAAGCUCCUAAAAACUACGAGCACUUUCAAACCAGUGCUCCACGGAGUCCUGCGCCAAACGAGAUGGACAGUAUUAGUCCCAGUGCUGCUCCUCAGUGAUGGACACACUUUCUGUCUUUGGUCCUGGACUUCCUGUUUACACUGGAGUCUGGAGCCAUGCUGGUCGCCAUGGAAACGCUGGACCAGAGCAGCAUCAGCACCAGUGAGAGCUCAGAGACCACUGAGGUCGAGACGCUGCUGUCCUCCAUUCACCUGGACAGAUAUGUGGAGAUUUUUGUUAAAGCUGGACUGGUUUGUGCCUCGGACUUGCUCUUCUUGGACCAGGACUCUCUGCUGAGUUUGGGGAUCACCGCCACUGGACACCGCAAACGGAUCCUGCGCCUGAUUGGCCACCUGCAACGCACUUACUGCCCCCAGCCAACCAACCAGAGCACCCCCAUGUUGGAUUCCAAGGACCCCAGAAGACUUGGACUUAAACCGGUCCCAAAACCUCGGACUGUCUUCAACCGCCGCCGCACCACUCCUGUCCACUUCGCUCCAUCGUCACAUGACCAGCACAAACCACUCAGGAGGCUCUCCCCACAAUCGCUCAGUCUAGACUCUGAAAAUCUGCCCAGCAACAGCAGCGUAACUUCCCACUCAAUGACGUCAGACUGUGAGACUCCGCCCGGUGACAAAUCGUCCACUCACAGGAAUCGAUCCAUGUCGGAUGCUAGCGCAUUCGUUCCACCUGUGCCCCCGCGGAUACGGCGUAGUUUUACCACUUUCUCCGCUCCUCCUGUUAAAGAAAACGUACUUCCUAUCACCACUUCUUCCCCAACGGUUAGUCCUACAGAUAUUCCCGAGUCUAGUGUUAGUCCUACGGGGAAUAAAAAACACAUAAAGUCCAGACCGAGCCGGAGCAGAUCGCUAACGGAUGUUUUACCUCCGAUUCCACCGCGGCAGAAUAGAAGUAACAAGAAACAGGAAGAGACAUUGGAUUCUAAUUGGACAGAAGGGAGUGAUGCGAUGGAGAUGGUGUCCAAUGAGAUUUACUGGGGGGCAACUCUCAGUGGGAGGGGUUACAGUCAGCAGGCCCCGCCCACUCCACCCAGACUGCCCACAGAAAGGAGUCAGGAGAGGAACAGCAGCAGCACUUUGAGCAACAACUCCUCUACGUCCACUAGAGCGUCCACAGAUGACCCGGAGGAGGAGAUCAGUCCGUACUGUGAGACCGUGUUCUCCAGGAGGACCCCGCUCCCAGAUCAGGUGGAUAGGAGCCGAGACCAAGGAGGCUCUCCUCACACUGACCCGGAGAGUCCUCAGAGUCUGUGGCUGAAGCGGCUUUCUCCACACGAGGCUCUGCCCCCCCACCUGGACGAUGACAUCAUCUCUCCAUACGCCAGUUAUACAUCUCUGAACGACAAGGCCCCGCCUGUCCUCAGCGGCUGGCUUGACAAACUCUCUCCCCAGGGGAACUAUGUUUUCCAGAAACGUUUUGUCAAGUUUGAUGGACAGAAUCUCAUGUACUACGGCCACGAGAAGGACGCCUAUCCCAAAGGUGUGAUUCCAUUGGCUGUGAUCCAGAUGGCCCGCCCUUCUAAGGACAACAAGUUUGAGAUUGUCACCAGCAACAGGAUCUUUGUGUUCAGGGCUGACAAUGAAGUUCUCAGGUCUCGGUGGGUCCGGACUCUGCAGGACUUUAUCAGGGAGCAGUUGGUCUUCGUGCGGCGCAGGUUUGGCCCUGGACUCCACUGUCAGAAACACGGGCCACUGGAGACCAAGGGCCACAAGUCCAAGGUCUACACCGCCAUCUACGGAGACCAGAUAUGGAUCCACAAGAACCAACAGUGUUUCCGAAAUGGGAUCGCUGUGACGGUGAUCGAGGCUCGUGGGGCCACCAUCCGAGACGGCAAACACAAGGGCUUCGACCUCAUCACACCUUAUAAGACCUUCAGUUUCAUCGCUGAAUCGGAGCGAGAGAAGAGGGAGUGGACCGAGGCUCUGCAGGAGGCCAUCUCUGAGACCCUGUCGGACUAUGAGGUGGCUGAGAAGAUCUGGUCCAACAAGUCCAACAGGGUCUGUGCUGACUGCAGAGCCCUGAACCCAGACUGGGCCUCCAUCAAUCUGUGUGUGGUCAUCUGCAAAAACUGUGCAGGUCAGCACCGGAGUCUGGGCACCUCUGUGUCCAAAGUCCAGAGUCUCAAACUGGACACCAGCGUGUGGAGCAACCAGAUCGUACAGUUGUUCAUCAUGCUGGGGAACGACCGGGCUAAUGAGUUCUGGGCGUCUCGGCUGCCGUCCUCAGAGGAGCUGGACUGUGACGCAGCUCCUGAGCUCAGGAGAGAGUUCAUCAGUUUAAAGUAUAGAGAGGGCCGGUGGAGGAGCCCCCACCCCAUCUUCAGCAGCCAACCACAACUGCUCAAGGUGCUGUGCUCUGCCGUGUCAGAACAGACACUGCUGAAAACCGUUACUCAGAUCUUCUCGGAGGCGGAGUCAGCGCGGUUAGCUAGUGAUGCUAACGGUUCCCAUGGAAACAGUUCUUUCACUGACCAGGCGCCACCUUCAGAUCCUGGAGUCUAUGAUGAGAUCAUGCAGCCUGUGCUCCAUUCGGGCUUCCUCUACAAGUCCUCCUCCGCACACAGAGGGACACUGUCCAGGAGAACCAGAGACGACUUCCAGAGGUUCUGGUGCAGUGUGGAUCGGUCCCUUGUCCUGUUUGAGACUGAGAUGAGUCCAGACCCAGUCCUCAACAUAAACUACAGAGACCUGCUGUGUCUGGGAGUGAGCCGACCCGACGGGAGCAAGAGGCGGAGCAAUGGCUUCAUCGACAGGUUCCGUUACACAUUUGAGCUGUACCUCUCCUCAGAGAAGCUCCUGCAGUUUGGGUUAGAGACAGCAGACGAGCUUCACAGCUGGACUAAAGCCAUUGGCAAGGCGUUCACCCCGCUGAGCUGCCACUGCCUGCUGUCCCGUGAGUUUGAGCGAGUGGGGGUGCUCAGGUACAGGGCCAUGUUAGACCCUCAGCAGUGGAGAGACGCCUUCUUUGUCCUACAAAAGUCCAACCUGUUCAUCUGUCCCAGCACAGACGGAGCAGCCGAGGACAUCAUCAACCUGAGGAGGCUGCAGGAGCUCAGUGUUUCCUCAGAAGGAGAAGGGGAGAAGAAGGACACCCUGGUUCUAGUGGAGAGAGGACGGACACUGCACCUCCAGGGGGUAGCCCGCACAGACUUCUCCCUGUGGUGUGCAGACAUCCAGAGGGCGUCUGGAGGGAGGGGCAACUCUCUGAGGGAACAGCAACUCAGCCGUAAUGACAUCCCCAUCAUCGUGGACAGCUGCAUUGCCUUCAUCACCCAGUACGGUCUGGGUCAUGAGGGGAUCUACAGGAAGAACGGGGCAAAGUCUCGGAUCAAACUCCUGAUGGAUGAGUUCCGUAAAGACGCGCGGAAUGUCAAAUUGCGGAUUGGAGACCACUUCAUUGAGGACGUGACCGAUGUGCUCAAGCGCUUCUUCAGAGAGAUCGAUGACCCCAUCUUCAUGAGUGACCUGCACCCCCUGUGGCAGGAGGCCGCAAAGAUUCCUCAGAAGAGUCAGAGACUGGACCGAUACAAAGAGAUCAUCAGGAGUCUGCCCCGAGUCAACAGAACCACACUGGCUGCUCUCAUCAGCCAUUUAUACAGGGUGCAGAAGUGUGCAGACCUGAACCACAUGUGCACUAAGAACCUAUCCCUGCUGUUCGCUCCGAGCCUGUUCCAAACGGAUGGCAAAGGAGAGCACGAGGUCAAGAUCGUGGAGGACCUCAUCGACAACUACCUCUACGUCUUUGAUAUUGACGAGGAGCACCAGACUCAGAUGGACCUGGAGAUCAGCCUGAUCACCAGCUGGAAGGACACUCAGCUCUCUCAGGCCGGUGACCUCAUCAUCGAAGUCUAUUUAGAGAUGAAGAUCCCAGACUGCUGCAUCACUCUCAAAGUGUCUCCAACCAUGUGUGCGGAGGAACUGACCAAUCAGGUGCUGUAUUUGAGGAAUGUCCCGCCCUCUGACAGAGACGUGUGGAUGACAUUUGAGGCCAUUGAAGAUGGACAGCUCGAGCGCCCCCUACACCCCAAAGAGCGUGUGCUGGAGCAGGCGUUGCAGUGGUGCAACAUGGCUGACCCUAGUUCUGCGUUCCUCAUCGUCAAAAAAGUUCCAAAAGAAGACGCCAUCAACAUAUUCACAUCGUACAAAAGUGAGGUGAUGAAGGUGGGCCUGCUGAGGUGCAGAGAGGAACCUCCAAAGCUGCUACAAGGGAACAAGUUCCAGGAGAGAACCUUCCAGAUCCAGGGCAACAAGCUGCGCCUCCUCAAGGAUAAAAAGAGCAUUAAACCUGAGAAAGAGUGGAGUCUGAAGUCCAUGAAGAUCUACAUUGGCAUCAGGAAGAAACUCAAAGCCCCUUCCAGAUGGGGCUUCACAGUGAUCUCACACAAACACCAACUGUUCCUGUGCUGCAGUGGGGAGGCAGAGCUGUGGGACUGGAUCACCUGUUUCCUCAAAGCUCAGAACAAUGAAGCGGCUCCUGCUAUCCUGCGCAGACACUCCUCCUCUGACAUCUCCAAGCAGAAGUUUGGGACCAUGCCAUUGGUCCCCAUCAGAGGAGACGAGAGCAACAGCAGCAUGCUCUCAGCCAAUCAGACGCUGAGAAAACUGCACGACAGAAGGACUCUCUCUAUGUACUUUCCAAUGACAGCGCAGCCUGAGGAGGACCCUGUCCCUGAACCAGACUCGUUCGGGGAGCCCCUUUACGAGGAGGUGGGGGACUUUGGCCUGCAGGUGCUCCAGUCUCUACAGACCAGCUUCAGAACCAGCAUUGCCGCGGAGACACAGGAGGUCCCUGCCCACUCACACCUCCACCUGCUUGCCACGGAGACGGGCAGCUGUCAGGUGAUCGCUGACGAACAAUUGGACUCUCUCUCCAGUCCCAGUUCUGAGGAACUGCUGCUGAAGGAGCUGCAGACUGCACUUGGGAAAAGUGUAGAAGAAGAACAGGCGCCAGAGGACCAACAAACUCCGGAGCAGAGGACAGUAGAAGAAGAGGAGAGGCCGUAUGACGUUUGAGCCAUGUCAGGAAGUGCUCCACUGUGUCCAGGCAUGUCCUUCUUCAAUACUGCAGAGCCAAGUUUUAUCAGAAUUUAACACACUUUUUUCACCUAGACACCAGAGUCAUGUGACCUGAAUGUAGUGAGCUGAGUGUCUGAAUCUUUCUGUGAAUGAGGCUCUAUUGACUCAGCUAAAGAGCGCAGGGCUGUGGAGUGAAUGAGGGAACAGGGGCUUCAGACACAGCCCUGGAUUAUACAUCAUAAAUCAAAUCAUCUCUUUGUGGGAAUCCUGUUGCCAUGGGGGCGUGGACCAACCCCAUUUACCGGUCUUGAUUUUGGUCUAGAUUCUGUUGUUUUUUAAUUUCUCUUAACAAAUAAGACAGCACUCCAAUAUGUUUGUGUCUACGGUCUCAUGGUCCGUUCCAGUCGUCCUCGGAGGUGGGAUUUUCAGAGUUCCGACUUCUACAUGACAACUGGAAUACCCCACGUUCUCGUAAUCCCUACUCGGAAAGUCUGAGAACAUUUCACAACAAUCCUGACAGCUAAAAUAUAGACUAGUAUAGUACUUGUGUGAUUUUCCCUGUAGUUGCUCCCUACUGCCCCCUGCUGUCUGUUAACCUGCUCCUGCUUUGAGCCUCUGCAGUUAUAAAUGUGCUGUUAUGCUCUGUUAUCCUAAUGUUGCUACACAGAGGUGGGUAGUACUCAGUUACAUUUAGUAAAUUCUUGGACCACUACUUUGGCCUGUGAUGAUAACAAAUUUUGAAGUGAGAUAUAGAUGAGAGUAAAUAUAGACAAUAAAUGAUAAUACUAAAACCAAACCAUAAAGCAGAAUUAUCCUCCCAAAAGUAUUCUAAAUGUACAAUAUAAAAAACAAAACAUAAAAACAAUUCUAAAUGUACAAAAUUGAAAGUCAGUUUGUGUCUAUAGAGAAUCAUAUUUCUUAAUUCAAACAUCUGCAGCUCAAAUCUCAUCAUAGUGCCUCACAUUGACCCAGAAUGUCCCUACUAGUACAAAGAAGUUCCCACAAUACACACUGACACCCAAAAAGUAUUGUUUCAUCUGUAUGUAUUCAACGAUAAGUCAAUAUAGUGGUCGUAUAGUCAGUGACAGUCCUACCACUACUUUGUACUUCUACUUGAGUAAUAUUAUUUUUGAAGUAGCGUUACUCAGUAUUUGGCUACUGUACCCACCUCUGUCUGUAAAUGCAAUAACGAUGUCCUUGUGACUAAAUCUGACUGGAUGCAUAUCUUGGAUGAUUUGAGCUCUUUCUUCAGUUUCAUGACUUGAUUUGUUGAGUUCCUCUGUGGGUUACUGGAGCACAGCAUCAGUAUUGGACUUUUUAAAGAUGCGGAAGAAAAAUUCCCACUCAAAGAUUAACAAAAGAAGAAGAGUAAACGGUAAACUUUUUAACAGAUUUUGACUGGUAAUCUCACAGUUUUCAGAUGUGUUUUUAAUCACAAACACCUGGCUGUAUUCAGGGCAGUUUUUGGCCUUAGUUAACAUUAUGGUUGCUAGGUAACAGCUAUAGAAUUAACUUUACAUACGUCAAAUCCAUAGACCUAGUGUAUAAAUGGACAUGACUAACCUGAUAGCCGUCGCGUUCCAAAUAGGAAGUGAUCCUAGACGUGCUUCGGGCUCCAUCGACUUCAAAUCUGUCGCCCCUCUCUGUAACUGCUUCUGUCAGGUUUGUCGUUUUGGUCUUAAAAUGUUCAUAUUUGCCCACUUUACAUGAUCCUGGUGUUCUUAUUUAGCUAUUUUGUUCAUAAAUCAAGAUAUGAACUAGCAUUAGCAACAGGUUUGAUUGACAGCGUUGCUAAGCGCCCGCUCUCUGCUAAACCAGUGGUGCAGGCGGACAGAGGCGUUACCUUCAACAGCCUCGCUCCGGAUUGGCUCUUUGGUUGGUUGGAAUUCUAUAUAUGGAACUCGUCUCCAAAUUGGGGGAAUAUUUGGCAUUGAUGAACUCUGAUUCAGUUCAUUUCUUAGACAUAAUCUGCACUUUAACAAUGGCACAAUGUUGGCCCAGGAAUUUAGUAUUUUCGAGUAUGACGCAAACAGUGAAACCUUCAAGAACAUGUGUGAAGAGUGGACUGUGAAGUGUAAAAAUGAGCCUUUGUGAAGAAGGACAUGUAUGAUAGAAUCAACAUUUUAUAAACCACAUUUUCUGGAUCUAUGUUGUGACUUUUCAAAGGGAAAUUUGUGUAAUGUGAUGUAAAAUGUGUAUGUCCCAUAGAGAACGAAUGUGUGUGCCUGCGUGUGUGUGCGUGCAUAUGUGUGUGUGCGAGAGAGAGAGAGAGCCCAGCCUCUGGCCCAUAGUCGUCCUCCUGCAGUCUCCUGUCUGUCCUCAUGUCGUCACUUAUAACUGCACCACAUACUCACAUGUAUUCUGCACGCAGGACCACUUUAUGACUGUAUAUAAAGAUUGUAAUAAACAUUCAUUUUUACAUAG